AUGGGAGCUGUUAUUUAUACAAUUGCUAUAAUAUUAAUGUUUUCACUAGUUAUCAUAAUGUUAAUGUUUCGUUCUAUUAAACGUUCAGAAGAAUCAAUUGAAAUAGAAAAUUUAUUACAUAUAAUGCAAUAUCGUCGAGAAUAUGAUUAUUACAAAAGACAAAAAAAGAAAUUACAAAAGGCAAAAAAAAAAGUUACGGCAUGGUUAAAUAAAAAUAAUGAUAAAAUGUGGACGAGUAGUGCAUAUAUAUUAGGUAGUCAUAGUUACGUUGAUUCAAACUUUAAUUCAAAAAAUAAUUCAAAAGUAUCUUUAUCAUCACUCAUACCAAAUAUAGUAGUAUCAACAACAAAUGAUGAAUUAUCCUCAAACUAUUUAACAAGAAAAACUCCAUCAUUAAAUAUGAUUUAUAAUUUUGAUCAAUCUUUUUCUUCAUCAAUUGGUUCAAAUUAUUCAUUAUUAAUUCAAGAUAAUAUAGAAAAUAACAGUGAUAUAUAA